AUGGCUCCCUCGCUAAUCACUGUCGGAUUCGCCGUCGCAGCCGUCUUCCUCUUCUGGACGCUGUCCUCGACGACCUCGUCGCCCUUUGCACGGUCCUUCCCGCGCCUCUACAACAAACGCAUCUGCCUCCUCAUCGCCCACCCCGAUGACGAGGCCAUGUUCUUCGCGCCCACAGUGCUGGCCCUCACCAAACCCGAGUUCGGCAACCACCUCAAGAUCCUGUGUCUGAGCAGCGGAGACGCCGACGGCCUCGGCCACAUCCGCAAGAGAGAGCUCCAGAAGAGCGCCCUCCAGCUCGGCCUCCGCAGCGAAUCCGACGUCUUCAUCGUCGACGACCCGGCCCGCUUCGCCGACAGCAUGACCACCACCUGGGCCGCCAGCGACGUCUCCGCGCUGCUGGCCUCCGCCUUCGUCCCGGACAGCACUGCCCGCCCGCCGGCCGCCACCAUCGACGUCCUCCUCACCUUCGACCCGGCCGGCGUCAGCAACCACCCCAACCACCGCUCGCUGUACCACGGCGCCAUGCAUUUCCUCCGCGCCCUGAUGAAGGAUAAGCCCGGCUAUACCUGCCCCGUCACCCUGUACACGCUGUCCUCCACUAGUAUCUUCCGGAAGUAUGUGGGCGUGCUGGAUGCGCCGGUCACGAUGCUGCUGGGGGCGCUGCGUGCGCUGGUGGCGGCUGUGUCGGGGCGCGCGGCCGGAGCCCGCAAGGAUGAUAUGCCGAAUCGGUUGCUUCGGCCAUGGUGA